AUUUAUUGGUUAGGACUGUUAAGUAACAAAAUUGGCAGUCAUUGACCGAUUGACGUCGCCAAUCGUUAUAAAAUUCUGAAAGGACAAUAGAAGCACAAACACACCUCUGCUACUGCUAGCUAUUUCAUUUUCUCAUUUAGUCCAUCAAUUGCCAUUUCCACUUUCUGUGUCUUGUAUUUUCAUUUUUCAAUCAAAAUUUCCACCUUCAAGCAUGACUACUAUAGUUACUGGCCUCUUGGAAAAGUCGGGUUCACUCCUUGCUGAAGAAGUAUGGUCAGAGCUGAAGGAGUUCAUGUCUUUUGACAAAGAAGUCCGAAAGCUUGAGAGCACCCUUCGUGCCAUCCAGGCGGUGCUCGAGGAUGCUGAGAAAAAACAAGUGAGCGAUAAAGCUGUGGAACUUUGGUUAGAUAAGCUCAAAGAAGCAGCCUACGACGUGGACAAUGUGCUGGAUGAGCUGGACACUGCAAUCAUUAAAGCAAAAAUUGAGGAGGAAGAAGAAAAAGCUGAAACUACCACUGCUACUGCUAAGGUGGAGUGUUUCAAUGUAACUCGAUUCAUGUAAUAUCGAGUUAUAAAGUAUACUUGAUAUCCGUAGAGUCGAGUUAUUCUCUUAUAAUUUCUGCACACCUUCUCCCACUCAGUGUGCCUUGCUCUCUGCUCAACUGAGGACGCUUUCUGCUGAACUGAGUUGGAACUCCUCCACGGAUCAACAGCGGCUUUCUUCAAACUCAAUUGAAAUUUGUAUCACCUCAGUGUCAAUGUCUGGUUCUGGCAACCCACAACUCUAUAGGCCUCAUGAUGUGUUCACUGCUAUGGGUCGUUGUUAGGUAUUGGAAGAUGAGUUCAGCUAUCCAAUCAAUCCGAAUUUGCGAAAUAGUGCUUACGUUCACAAUACCAUGAGACAGGAGUGGGCUUGGUUAUUUCGUGAACAACAAAUGUUUUAUGAUGAGUUGGUUGGUUUGAAGUUGCCAGUGCCUCGGCGACUCGCAUCACAAAUGCCCAGAGACAGCAUCGACGAACUUCGUAAAGCAUUGAACCGCAUAAGAGAAGAAAAUAAUCGAAUGAAGAUACGUCUUAAUCGAUAUCGGACCCAAGUCGAGAUUCGAGAGUCAGUGCAGGAAGGGUGGUACGAGCAUGCACAGUUCAUGCAAUCACUUCUUGCUGAUCCCAUUUAUCAGUCAGACGUGGAGAUGUCAGAUGAAGAGUAAUCGUGUCGUGUCGUGGUGUAAUUAGAUUUUGUUGGAGAACUAUUUUGCUUAACUAUGUGUUAUAUGUAUGGUUGCAUUUGUACUAUGUAAACCUUAUUAUUGAUUAUGAGAAGCAUGCACGUUAUUCGUAAUGUA